AUGCCUUGCUGCUGGACCGGCUCGGCCGUGGUUCCCGAGCCAGGUGAGACAGCGCGCUUGCCCCUGUGGCAGCGGCCGGAUUCCGGCUUUCUUCGCUCGAAGGCGCAGCAGGCGGUGAACAGCCCAGAUGAGGCGGCACUCGUUGAACGACAGCAAAGGCGCUCGCCGCCCUUGCCGCUUCCAUAUGCGGAGCCCAUCCUGCCGGAGGGUGAAGAAGCAGUUGCACUGGCAGCCCGCCCGGGUUCCAGCUUCCCUUUGCUGCUGGUUGGCGAUAUGGGUGGGAACGUAGCUCUCUACGAUGUCGAGCCCAACGACGGCAAGGGGGCAAGUAUCUUGUGGUCGGAGUCGUUACACUCCUCUCUAGUGGCGGCGUGCUGGGAGCCUGGGGGCGGCUGCUUUGCUGUGGCCAGCCAGGGUUCUGAUGGGCAACGUGCCGGGCGGCACGCGAGGCGCGGCCCUCGCGAUGGUGCCCAGGGUGAAAGCUGCCGAAUCAGCGUUUGGAGUGUCCACGAUGGAGCCAACAAGCGCACAGUAGGCCAGCUGACAAGCCCAAUAUUGCGGGACUGGACUCUGCGGGCGCUUUGCUUCUGCAGUGGCUUCCGCCUUGUGGCUGCCGGGGCUGCAGGCCUGUGCUCGCUGGUAUCCCUGAUCGACGUAGAUACCUCACAGGAGGUAAGUCGCUUGGUGCUUCCCAGCAUGCAACUUCGUUGUGUCAGCCACUUCCAGUCUACCUCUGAAGGAGCUGUGAUGGAGUGUGCCGUGAUUGCAGCGGACCGGCGUGUUCUCUUGUGGGAUGAUAUGGACGGAGGUGAUGUAGAAAGCCAUUCUGGCUUUCGGCUGCCUGUCAAUGUGGUUUACGAGGAAAGCCCCGGUCAGGACUUUUCUUUGGCGUUGGAUGACGAGAGCCUUCUCGUGACCUGGUUGCAGGAGGACGGCCCGGCGUACCAGCUUGGGGUGCGUGCUGGUUGUGGGUGGCUGCUCACUGGCUGGCGGUUCUUGGACGACAAGUCCUGGCAGCUGCCCUGCGCGGCUGCAGAGGUCAGGGCGAUGAUGCGCGGGAAGCGCGUUUUGCUGCGCUUUCAGCACCCUGACGUGGAGGUGCGGUGUUUGGACCUGGAGAGCCGGGUGCUCUGCACCAGCGCCUCCCCAGACGGCACGCUGCUGGCCGUGGGCUGCGAGCGCUCCGGUGACGGGGGCGCCGGCGCGAGGGCGCUCGCCCCUGGCAACACCAUGACGCAGCUUCCACACGAAGGCAGCCGCCGAGCGCGGACCGAGCACAGCGCCCUCUCAGUGUGGAGUCUGGAGACGCACGAGCUGCUGCGAGCAAAGGAGGUGUACCUCACAGCCAGCAUUCCCGCACUUGCGUGGCUGAGCAGCUCCACCUUGGCGGUGGUUCUCACUCAGAUGAAAUCCGUCGGGCUGGUCAAUGUGGAGUCUGGCGCGUUGGUGCGAAGGUGGUCCUUCAGCUCUGAGACUCCGCAGCUCGUCACCGGGGCUAGUGAUUGCCCUUGGUUGGCAGUUGGCUUCAGGUCCCAAAGGAGCUCCCACGCUCCUUCCCGCUGCGCGGUCUUCGCGAAAGAUGGCGGAGGUGGCACGUGCAUUUCUGCUGGCCGAGCUCGACCCGUGGUUGCUCUCUCUGAUACUGGUCAAUUCCUUACUGUGACGGGCGCAGAUUUGGGCAUGACAAUGCAGAAGACGUUGGCAGAUACUGAUGCUACACAGGCGUCUGAAAGCAUUCCCCGCUCACCACCUCGGUCAACCACCGAUGCCUUUCGGAAGCGCUCCAGGGGCCUCUCUAUUUGGCAGUUGGGCGACAUGACUGCGCAGAGGGUUGCGGGCAUCGCGCGCGACUCCUCGGCCAUCAGCGUUGCAGUGAAUGGUGACCUUUUGGUGGCAUGCUUCUAUGAUGCAGAUGGCAGUUUCAUGCAGGCGUUCAAGCUGCCGGAUCAAGAGCUGUGCACAGAGGAACACGCAGACAGCUUGUCGUGUGUCGCAGCAAAGGGUGACGAUCCCACCAUGUAUAUCGCAGCAGCCGCUGGGCGCGCAGUGCGGUCGCACUCUACGAGUGUGGGUUUGGCUUGCUGGACGAGCUCUGAAGGUGUCGUCAAGGAUGGCUUGAGAUGCGCCUUGUUGGGGGCCGAGGUAGUUGCCUUGGCGUUCCUGCCUGGACGGAGUUGGCUGGCGGGUGCAGUGAACUCCCAUGCCGGCGCAGUGUGCUGCGUGUGGAACUUGUCGGACUCUGGCUGCGCGCGGCUCUCCUGCGAGGUGCCGUUGGAGGGCAGCUCUGUGCGGUGCCUGGCCAUUGGCUACGACUCCAAUUCGCGUCCCUUGGAGUGGCGCGAUGGCCCGAACAGCCCACGCAGCCCGAGCGCUUCGGCGCGGGGCAGGCCGAGGACCGUCAGCAAGGAUCCGAGGGAGGCGAAGGAGCCACGGCUGAAGGUCAAGCGCCUUUGGCACGCUGGGCUGUUGAUGCCAAGCGGGUUGGAGCCUUUCCCCUCGGCUGUGCUCGCCAGCAGCUCUGACGCCUGUGUGGUCGCACACGAGGUUCGGACCGGGUUUCGGACCUUCUUCGACAUCUCCCAGGAAGGCGAAGCCGCUCCAAAGAAGGGCUCGACUCCACUGGCUGCGACUGUGCUGCGGUUCACUGCCUCCGGGCGCCUGCUCGCCGCAGGAGACACGGCGGGGCGUGUGCAUUUGUUUCUCCUCGGGCGCCUUGUGAGCAGCGAGUCCUCGCAAAUGCGCGUUCAAGCUCACCGAGUUCUGUGCUUGAGUGGCGAGGUGAUGGACAUUGUCAUCAAAGGCGAGCAGCUUAGCCGAGCCGUAUGCUGCCAGUCGCAACGCGAGCAAGAAGAACAGGACGCCAACGACACUUCAGCUGCGUCAGCUGGCGCAAGCCACGACGAGCACAGAGUGUUAGUGUACGACUUGCUGAACCCCUCCCUGGAUUUCAUGCUGCCAGAUGUCAAGCUAAAAGCGGAGGAUGCCAGCUCGGCAUUCUACGCUCAGCUGGAGAUGAUGCCCACCCUGCUGCAUCAGCAGCUUCCGGGCUUAGGCUGGACGCUGCUCCACUGCUGCGCCUGCCGGGGCCAAGCCUCCCAGGCCCGGCUGCUGGUGCGGCUCUCCGCAUCACCUUUCCAGCGGGAUGCCAAGGGCCGCAACGUGCUAGACGUGGCAUUGCAGCACAACGAGUUUGGAGUUGUGGAGGACCUGCUGGCGGUGCUCAUGGAGCAGCGCAGCGCGGAGUGUGGGUCCCACCCCUGGGAUCGCCACGGGGAGGAUGUGGAGGUCCUGGGCCGCGCGCUGCUUGCUCGCAGCCUGCCGGCAGAGCACUUGUCCCUGACGCGGACCGUGGUGCGGCUGUUGAAAAUGCGCACCGCCACUCUCCCCGAGUUCCUCGACCGCGUGUGCUGCGGCGUGCCAGGCCACUUCGAGGUGACGCGGGCCGGGGAACGGCUGAAGGCGCUGCCAGCGAGGGCAGCCUUGCAGGAGAAGGAGAUGAAGAUUCGCUCCUACAGCGCCCCGGUGUACCGCCCCGAUGCCCCGGAAUUCCGCGGUUUGGUGCCGAGCUUCGAGGAUGCCAGCACGCCAGAAAGGCCAGUGGAGAUCAACGUGUGGUACCUCCGGGGGGCCUUGGAUGAUGAGGUGGGCCUCAUCCCAGCGCUGCAGGAGUCGGAUCAGGAGGAGAUGAUGCGGACAAAUUUUGUCCACGUUCUUUUGGAGGAGCAGUGGACCACCGUAGGACGCAGGCAGUUCCGCGUGGAGCUGGCGCUGUACCUCGUGUACAUGGCCUGCUUCGCGGGCUUCUGCAUGGCCGGCCGGGGCAGCUGCCCGCCCCCGGAGACGCUGGCAGAGGACUUCCAGAGCUUCUCGGGUUCGGCCCUCCAGUUGAUCCGAGUGCUUUUGGCCCUUUACCAGCUCUUCUUCCUAUACGUGGAGAUGACUCAACUCUUCUUCGAAGUGCGAAGGGCGGAAACACAUGGCCUGACACAUGGCUGGUGGGAGCGCCUCCGGGCGUUGCUGAGCUACUUCACCACCUGGAACAACCUGGACAUGAUGCGCAUCGCCUUGGUCACUACGGCCAUCGUGUGGAGCAUUGUGGACCGGGAAGGCGUCUUCAUUGGUGAGGGCAAAAACCUGUUGGCCAUCACCACGGUCUUUGUGUGCUCCAGGCUGAUUAGCUUCCUGCGGGCGUUUCCCACCACGGGCCAUUUGGUCAGGACACUAGUCACCAUCUUUUGGGACAUGGCAGUCUUCUUCCGGCUGAUGAUCCUCAUGAUGCUCACCUUCGUCUUCGCCUUCCUCCUGCUUUACGGGCAGCCUUUCACGCUGGAUGGCUUCGGCACCAUGAUGUGGUAUGUCUAUGUGCACGGCGUCUUUGGGGAUACGGACGAUGCGCCAGAGGGCGGGGAUGAUACGUCGCUCACAGCGAAAUUCUUGCUGGUCAGCAUGGUGAUCGUGAUGCUGGUGGUGAUGAUGAACUUUCUAAUCGCUAUCAUGAGUGACAGCUACGACAAGGUGCAGGAGAGCGCGGAGGUGGCGCGAAACUUCAUGCGCCUGGAGCUGGUCUACGAGGCAGCGGUGUCCAACAUCAUCCCGAAACGCAGGAGGCUGCCAAAGGCCUAUGUCUUCACCUGCGAGGGCGUGCGCUACGCAGGGGGCCAGCCGGUCCAGGAAGCGAGCCGCUGGGAGGGCCGCGUGCGGCAGGUUGAGAAGGCGGUGAAGCGGGAGAGCCGGCAUACUUCCCUUGCACUCUCCGAGCAGGCUGGUCAGCUGACGGCCAUCGAAGAUCGUAUCUAUGCCUUGGAGUCUCACAUGAACCAGGGCCAUGGGCGGCUUCAAGAGACCUUGGAGCGUUUGAUGGAGCAGGUGCGCCAGAACAGCGCAGGAGGCCUGGCAGAUCGGCAAACGCCGCGACCGCAGGGCGAAUCCCAGCAGGAGUCAGCGCGUAGUGGCGGAGCUGGUUGA